CUAAGUUGCCUCUAUUACCGUUUGGAAUAUACAGCAACCCGCUUUCUCUGGCCAAUCAUAUCCUUCUCUGUCCAUUUUUUCCGGCGAAACGAUCGACAAACCACUUCAACUUCGCCGGUUUCACACCAUGGACUCGGAAUCAGUAAUUGAGUUCCUGGGCCUCGUUCCUCUGCUUCAGAGGCUCCCCAGCUCCUCUCUCAAGAGAAUCGCCCAGCUCGUCAUUGUCAAACACUACGAGAGUGGAGAGUAUGUUGUUCACGAAGGCGAAACAGGGGACGGGGUUUACUUCAUAUGGGAAGGAGAGGCUGAAGUUACUGGUUCUGUUAAUGCUGAAGGAAAUCGACCUGAGUUCAAAUUGAAACAAUAUGAUUAUUUUGGUUAUGGUUAUGCAUCAAUUGAACAUCAGGCCAAUGUGAUUGCUUUAUCUAAGCUGACUUGCUUGGUGCUACCCCAUGGGAAUUUUUCUCUGCUGCAGCCAAAAUCAAUCUGGAACGCUGAUGAAGCUCAAGAGACAUGCUCUCUUGUUGAGAAUAUAUUACAUUUGGAUCCAAGUGAAGUAAACAUAUUUGAAGGGAUUACUUUGCCAGAUGCGCCAAGUUUCGAACAGGUUUUUGGAGGACAGUUAGUUGGACAGGCAUUGGCUGCGGCAACGAAAACUGUUGAUUGUCUUAAACUUCUCCAUAGUGUGCAUGCGCAUUUUCUGCUGGCUGGGGAUUGUAACACACCAAUUAUUUAUCAAGUUCACAGAAUACGUGAUGGGAAGAGCUUUGCUACUCGACGAGUGGACGCAAUACAAAAGGGGAUUAACAUAUUCACGUUACUGGCAUCAUUUAAGAAAGAAGAAGAAGGGUUUGUCCACCUGCAAGCAACAAUGCCAUCUGUGCCUGCUCCGGAUAAACUUCUGUCAAUGGAAGAACUACGUGAAAAACAUCUGCUUGAUCCACGUCUUCUAAGGACUUAUCGAUUCAAUGCAGCUGCAAAGAAAUUUGUGCCUUGGCCAAUAGAGAUACGAUCUUGUGAGCCUAACAGCUCUACCAAUCAGACUGAAUCUGCACCAAGUGUGAAGUUCUGGUUUAGAGCGAUUGGAAAACUUUCAGACGAUCAGGCUUUGCAUAGAUGUGUUGUAGCAUAUGCUUCGGAUUUGAUAUUUUUGGGUGUAAGUCUGAAUCCCCAACGCUUAAGAGUUAGUUUGGACCAUGCGAUUUGGUUUCACCGUCCGGUUAGAGCUGAUGAUUGGUUACUGUAUGUGAUAGUGACUCCAACUGCCUACGACACGCGUGAAUUUGUUUCGGGCCAAAUGUUUAACAUAAAGGGAGAGCUUAUUGUAUCAUUGACUCAAGAGUCCCUAAAUAGGCGAAUUAGACCAACUCCGGCUGCCACAUCUAAGUUGUGAACCACUUUUGACUUCGGUUCCAGAUUUCUGCACUAAAUUGUGUAAUAACUUGAUAACACAUUUCAAGAGAUGUUGCAGUUUCCGGCGUUGUCGACAUUGCCGUCUUCCUUCGCCGUCGUGCAGAGAAUAAUAGCCUAAAGUUGUAAUGAAACAUCAUCUUUAUUUUCUGUGA